UCGACGUUGAGGAAGUGCCGAUCCACUAUUCGCUGAAAAGAAAAGUUAGUUCCUUACUUCGAAUAAUAGCUCGAAAGCUGAAGUGGUGCUUUUCAAAGUGGAAGGUGUUUUGUUGAACGAAAGAAGAACAAUCGAAGCAAUAAGAUUUCACCGAGCGAUCGAACGAUCGAACGAAAAAGAACGGCAAUUCAUUCCGUACACCUGGAUCAACCGAAGAAGAAUCUUUUCCGACUCGGUGCCAGCGUAACCGAGUGGCGCAGGUCAUUGCCAGUGAUUCUGGUGCAUACGACUCGAUCGAGCAUGGAAGAUUCAACGAGAUUAACGGACUCGGACGAGCAUCGUCCCGAUCACCAUCACCAUCAUCAUCAUCACCAUCACCAUCACCAUCACCAUCACGAGUAUCGUCAACAAGAGCAACAGCCUCAUCAGCAACAGCUUCAUCGGCAACAGUCGCGUCAGCAUAAUCGCGAUCCCAGUGGUCAUAGAUUAGAGCUGAUCGACGACGAGUGUAGCACCGACAGUGGCUGCAGCAGCGGUGGUAGCAGCGGUAGCGCCGAAAGAUUGUCUCGUCGUGGUAGCGCCGAGCGUCUCUGCAGAGUCAACAGAUCUCCUAGAAGUCAUUGCUAUCUGGACAGAUUCCGUGGUCGACCGACGAGAUCGCAGGAACGAUUGUCGAGCGUGCAGAGAAGCGUCGAGCGUACACGAGCGAAGUCAUCGAGAUCAUGGAGUCCUAGCGAUGUCAGGGGACAUCAACGCGUAAGUGAAUCUCCUUCUUACUCGCCAAGUCCAUCGGACGCUCACAGUAGCAGCGAUAGCGACAGCAUGAAAAGGUCGUCCACCGCCGAGACCCUUAGACGCGCUUUCCAGACCCUCAAAAUAUCAUCGAAAUGGGAGAGCAAGGAUAAGAAGCACGCGAAAAAGAGUCCAAAGAGAAUCCUCAGAAGUCCGGUCUCCUAUACCUACGUAAGAGGACUCUCCGGUCUACCGACUCAAAGAGUGCCCAGAAACGCGACCCAGCAGCUGAUGAUGCCCUGCACUUGUCAAGACUCGAUAGGGCUCUAUCGAUAAGUUUGCUGUCCUUCCAUCGUCUCCGCUUAGAACGGAAUCCAGAGUUACAAGGUUUCUGCGAAAAGUUUGGAGAUUCGGACAUCGAGAGCAAUCUUUAUCGUCUUCCUCUUACGUUAUCUUCCUUUUGAUUCGUUCACUUCGCUUUCUUCGUAGCUUACGCUUCCGAAGAUAAAACGAAUGCGUAUAAUCGAAUGCGAAAUAUCGAAACGAAUUCAUUGAAUGGGAUCAAUCCGUAUAUGAGCCUAAUAUCGCAUCGAGACGAUCUUUUUCGAGGAAAAAUCUAAUCGACAUCCUGCCGAGAGCUCUUGGAAUUUUUUCUACUGUCGCUCUCACGGGGAACUAAACUUUUGCGAAUACUCUUUCUACGUUUAUUUCGAAAGUAUUUUAUAUGACAUACCGUAUACGUAUAUGUGAUAUAUUUAUACUUUUACUCAAGACUUAAACAGGGAAAGACACAAAAAAAUUGACGAGCUGCGAAUUCUGUCCAACUUGCUGGAGUCUCGAAAGACUCGAAGAAUCGUUGGAUACUCGAGACUACGUGGAAGCCGAGAUUGUAAAGUAUGGCUUUGCUUCUAAACAACGGGAAUAAUUAAGAAGAAAGGACGACGACAAAAACAACUUUUUCAUCGCAUUUUUACAAGGAUCACGUAGGAUCUUUUUAAUGUCGAGCGGCUUAGUACAUCGCAAAUAUUUCACGAGGCGAUUCGUUUCUGAAAAAAAAGAAAAAAAACAGAAAAAAAUGGAGCCAAAGUUCCCUCCACACCCAUUUAAACAUUCGUAUAUAUAUAUGUAUAUAUAUAUACACACACACACACACGCACUUGUAUACAUUCACACGAUAUACAUAUAGAUAUAUUAUAUUCAGAGAGCCUAUCAUCACAAUAUCAAGGAACAGAUUAGACAAAGUAUAUACGAAGACGCGAGACGAUAUGACAUUUAAAUAUCCAUAGAUUCCAUAAUCUUACGAUUAUCGAUCUCUGUAAAAAGAAAGAGAAAACCGAAGCAAGCUAACACCGCGUCGACUGUGUAGAUUUGAAGAAAAAGAAAGGAGUAUUUUAGAAGUUGCAGGUUUUAAUGACGAAUAAACCGCUUGAAGAGAGAGAAAGAGAGAGAGAGAGAGAGAGACAGAGAGAAUAACAGAUAAUUACUUGUUCAUGCAUACAUAUAUACGUACAUAAUUAUCUAAAAACAGUUUGGAGUCACGUCGUAGUACGACUGUCUCGCAAUCUAUAUUCUCCUUACGUAGCAGUUCUAUCGAUUAAUCAUUAAUUAGCGACGUGUUUUAAUCGAGUUAAUUAGUCGACAUCUAAGAAAAUAUCAUAGACGAAUUCUCGUAAGAUUAUUAAAUCUUCCGAGUUACUAGUUUCAUUCAUCGAUGCCAAGCCUUAGGGAUUUUAGUCUAACGAUGGAUCGUCGUCACAUUGUUAAUCCUUCGCGAUCGAAACUCACUGCUGGGGAUGAUCGGUACGAAAUUAAUUGGUAAAAGGAGUAAUAAUUCGAGGAAAAAAACAAAGCAAAAGAUAUAUUUUUGAUCGUUCAAGAUCGCGAAGGAUUAAAAGUAACUGCUCGUGCUUGUGUAUAAGGAAAAAAACCAAAAAGAAAGAAAGAAAAAAAGAAAAAGAGAAACGCGUCAACGCGUUUUAUAUGUCAUCCCGCGCUUGCUCACCCUAUUCGACGUCUCCGUUGGACAUUUUACUUUAGAACGUAAAAUAAUUACGUGCGUCGACGUUUGCUCGCGUCGUCGUGCGCAGCCAAAUGUCAAUUACGUCGACGCGUACGACCGUCGUUUAGUUUAAAAUGAUCGAACGAAAUGAUUAAAACAAAGGGCCUCCUCCUCCCUCCCCUCACCCAUUAAACGACCGAACAAAUAUCUACUCUUCUCUAAGAGAAACGAAAGGAACGUAUUAUUCACAGCUCGCAUCCUCUUUAUUCGAACGAAUUCCAAAAGAUAUUUU